AGUUUGUGGUUUUGGUCUAAUGGAUAUAAAUCCUCUGCAUAUGAAUUAGUUGAUGCUCAUAUAUAUAAUUUUCUCAAUAGUCUGAAGUGGAUCGCUUCUACAAAUAUUUCAGCCAUGUCAAGUUUAACAGUGAGAAGGGUAUCGCGUGAAGAUAUACAACUGGUUCAGAAUCUAAUUGAACGAUGCCUCCAGCUUUACAUGAACCAGAAAGAAGUUGUGGACACUCUACUUGAGCAGGCUAAGAUCGAACCUGGUUUUACAGAACUAGUUUGGCAGAAGCUUGAAGAAGAGAACCACGAAUUUUUUAAGGCAUAUUAUCUGAGGCUCAUGGUGAAGCACCAGAUAAUGGAAUAUAACAAGCUGCUUGAGCAGCAGAUAAACCACAUGCGCCAGAUGCAUCCAACCGGAGGGGCUUCUGUCCAAAACAGGAAUGGUUCUCAUGUUCCAUCAAUGAAUCGCCAACAAUUAUGCUAUGAACGCAAGGACUCAGAUCAAUCCUCUCUUAAUCUGUCAAGUCCAUACCUCAAUGGAGGCUCAGCAAAUAACACAAAUAUACCUUCUUCUGUGGCAUUUUCAACCCAUUCUAGAAGAGUUGAUCCUCCACCAAACUCGCUCUCCGUGCAGGCCACAAAUAUGCCUUUGAUGCAAGGAAUGAUCAAGUCUGAGACCGCAUAUUCAAACUGUGCUCCGUACAUGUAUGGUGGUGAAGCACAGUCCACAGUUGGAGAUGCUCCCAUUGCAUCUUUCAGCAAUGAUUCCAGCAACCAAUCCCUCAAUGAUCUUGUUGAUGCAGACACUUCUACAUUUGGCUUCUUAGGACACAUACCCCGGAACUUCAGCCUCUCUGAUCUGACAGCUGGUUUUUCCCAGAAUUCAGAGAUUCUGGAGAGCUACGAUAGAUCACCAUUCCUAUUGGCUGAUGCGGAAAAUUUCUUGGACUCUAGUGAAAGGGUAGAACCUCAAGGAGACCGCGAAAGAUUGGGGACCAUAUCUGAAGGCUUCAGCUACGAAAACCUCAGGAGCAUUUAGGUUUACUACAUAUGAAGCUUCAUCAUCAUGCUUCUGACGUCUUCAACUACUUGCAGGGUUUAGUCCCAUGAUCAGUGUACAGAAAUCUUCUUACCAUUCGAAAGACAAUUUUUGGGUAUGAGUGAACACUAAUAUUAUUAUUCUCAAGUGUAGAGAAAUUUGGUUUUUUAUUAAUAAAUAUUUUAGCAGCAG